UGGACAUGAUUGAGAAGUCAAAAUUCAAAGUGAAUUAACAAAGUGAGUAAAGAAAGCCUACGUUUAUUAAAGGCAUCUACCAUACAUACAUUUUCGUUAGAUAUUUUUCAUAACAAAAAUUUUAAGAUGUCUGUAAACGGAUUCGGGACAAUCAAGUUAUCAAUAUCACACCCUAUUACCUGAUGUCCACCACGCCGAGGGAUGCUGCCACAGAGGACUGGUAGUGCCAAGCUGGCUUAAAUUCUGGCAGAAAUGGCUACAAACCAACCACCAGCUGUGCUGGCAAGAACAGCAACUAUAACGGAUCUUCUGCAUAUUGCUAAGGCAGUGGGUUCCAACUGGGAAAUGCUUGGGCCAUACCUUAUAAAGGAAAAUGCCAUGGCUACCGUAGAACAUAUAAAAGAAGAUCACGCACAUGAUUAUGAAAUGUGUAUAUAUCAUCUGCUUCUAACCUGGAGGCAACAGGCUGCACCAGAUACAACACUUGGUCAAUUAUUCCAUCAGAUGCUUCAAGUUGGUACCUCUGUGACUGUAGAUUGGCGGACAAUAGCAGAGUACCUAGAUAUUGAUGAAAGAGACAUAAGAGCAUGUCAACAGCCAGCAACUGUAAUACAUGAGAGAGGAAGUCCUGGUACUAGACAGCAUGUGGCCAACAAACCUAAAAAACCGAAGGGUCCUUAUGCUAUGUCUGAAAAAGAGAUACAUGAUUUAAGUAGACAGAUAGGAAAUGAGUGGGAACAGCUAAGAAUACAUCUAGACUUUACUGAAGCACAGGGAUAUGCAUUGAAAAGGGCAUAUGAUGAUGAUGAUGAUGUUCAGCAGAGGAUCCAUCAGAUGCUGAAGGCCUGGCACGAUGUUGUGGAUGACUGCGGCGAGAAUCCGAAGAUGCUUCUUGCAGCGGCUUUUGUCAAUGCUUCUGCAAACUAUGCAAUGGCAUACAAAUUGGUUCCUAAGGAGAAGUUUAAUGAAAAUGCACAAGCCAAACCAGAUACAGUAGAACGCAUUCAAAAAAUAUCAUUCAGUAAAAGAGGUUAUGAUCAAGGAGAUCGCUAUAAUUAUCGUCCGGGUAGCGGUUCUUCAAUGCCACAUGGUGGACCUGAGUGUAUUAAUGUGUUUGGUGGGGAAAUAAGAGUUGAAGGUACCAUGGCGAUACACAGUUCACAAUCUAACCAGUCAUACAAUGAGCCAAGUUCGGCACAACAGUUUACUGAUAAAGAACGUAUGAAAGUUGACUUUGGAGUACCUGUCAUAGUAAAAGGAAAAACGGAAGUUGACUCUGGACCUGUCAUGGAAAAAGGAAAAAUGGAAGUUGAUGAAGAACAUGGUAGUGAAGAAAUGAGUAAAAUGCCGUUAGAGGACAGGAAACAUAAUAAAGCAUGCAGACCUUCAAAAGAUGCUUGUAUAUAUCAUGGUCGAUUGAUCAAACUUGAGAAGAAAGAUAUCAGUAUCUUGGAAAGUGUUUGUGUAAAAGUUAUCGGGAAAGGUGGAUUUGGAAGGGUUUAUUCUUCUUCAGAUUAUUCCAUUGAUUCUAUUCCAAAGUGUUUUGGAAUGCAUGUUGCUGUAAAGAAGAUAAAGGUUACAGAUAUGGAAAGUGAAGACUAUAUCAGAUCAGUGAGAAGGGAAAUGACAAGGCCUAGAAUAAUGCACCCAUUUCUUCUUCCGUUAUUAUCCAUUGUUGAUAGACUUGAAAGAAACUCAGAAGUUUGGUUUGUCUCUCCACUCUGCAAAAAUGGUGAUCUUCAUGCUGCUAUUCAGGACAAUGUAAUAACUAAGGAGAUGACAUUAGUGAAGAUUCUCCUCCAUAUUGCAUUGGCCAUCCAGUACAUCCACACUGCAGUGCCAAACGUCAGGGAUGUCAUCAUUCAUAAGAACAUAACAUCUAGUAAUGUUGUGUUGGAUGAUGCUUUUAAUGCUCGCCUAAUUGACUUUGGAUUGGCAAGAGAAAAAGAUGAUGAAACAACAAAUGUAAAAGGAAAAGGAUAUUAUUUACAUCCCGAUUUUGGAAAACGAGGUGCUACAGAAAGCUGGGAUUAUUACAAUUUUGGAGUCAUUCUCAGGGAAAUGUUGACUGGUCUUGAGCCUCAAGGAUGUGGAAAUAAGUUCCUGAAGUAUAUGACAGCUGAUGAAAUCAAUGCAAUUCUUCAGGAUUUAAAACUACAAAAAAAGUGUGUUUGGUCAGCAGGAGGUAGAGACAAACAGCUUAGUAGUAUUGCUGAAAAGUGUCUGCAGCAAAAUGAAUGGAAAGUUGGAGAAUUCCACACAAAUGUUGUUCAAGGAAUAAAAGCAAUCUGGAAGGACUUUGGUCAAAACAAGAUACUAGACGUUACAGAAGACCAUGACAAAUGUCAUAUAUGCAUGAUAAAUCCGAAAGCAAAGGAAUCAUUGGUGACCCAGAGGCAUGCUGCAAACUGUACACAGAAAAUUGAAGUGUGCAAAGUUUGUCAAAAGAACUUGUUUCUCAACCCAAUCACGUGUUAUUGUGGUACAGAAUUACAACCAGAAAUAGACAACUUGACAGAGCCUGAAAAGCCAGAGGGCGAAGCCCCUAAAUACCAACAUGUCUUCAAAACAAGAACAGAAUCAGAUGACAUUGAUUUAAGUGGCCAGACACAGCGUCCUGAUACAGCAAAAUUGAAUGACUCUGGAGAUACACACACAAGUAACAACUCUCAUAACUGGGACUACUGUUCAGAACACUCCGAUUGGGAAAAUGCUGAAACUUUGUUAAGUCAAGGGAUAUUGCCAGACAAAGAACAACUAAAAAUCGUUUGUAUCAAAUUGGGGAGAAAGUCGGAUUUGAUACAAAAAAUUUGCAGGAAAAUUUGUGGCCAUAUUGAUAAAAGUAAAGAGGGAAAUUUUAAGGUUUUUCCUGCAGUUCAGCCAGGUAAAGAGACUGAUAUAAUAUUUGUUAUAACUGGGAAGAAAGAAAAUGAGAAUGAGACUUGUGAAUAUGAUUGUGUUUACCAGUCUGGCUCGGCAGAGAUGAAAGCUAUUUUAAGAAAGAGAAAAGAGCUUGCUAAGCAGAAACACCUUGGUACAGACGAAAGGGGGGAAAUAAAACAAUGUAUUGAUAAACUUGAUGUUGAUUUCUUUAAACAACACAAAAAAUUGUCACUUGUGGAACCCAGUCCAUACAGAUCCAAAGGAUAUCGUCUAGACAGACACAAGUUAGUUGAAGAGACAUGCAUUGUACUUGGUGUUACUAUAAAGGGUUACCUUCCAAUAGAGGAAGACGAGCUUCCAACUAAAAUUGGCAGAUUUAAAACUGAUAUAAGAGAAAUAACUAUAAACAGAAGCCAAGGUGGGUCACCUUUUGACUUUCAUGAAAACAUAAAAAUGAACUGUGUCAUAAGCAGGACACAGAAAAAUAGAAAUGAUCCUGUUAUUGAACAUGGGACAAUGGGUGUAUUUAUGUCACAGUCGUGCAAUAAUUGUCUUGGAAUGACAUGUGCACAUGUAUUAUUAAGAGAAAAUGAAAUGAAAGAUAUUCUGUGUGACAAACGUGUGUGGCAACCCACGGGAAUAAACUGCAAUCAGCCAAAUGUAGGUUCUACGUUUUCAAAACGAUGUGGUCUAGUUAAGUAUGCAUUGUUCACGGAAGAUGUUGAUGUGGUUUUAUUUUCUCCGGAUAAAGCCAGACUUCCUCAAAAUGGAUAUUUUCCUGGCAAUUGUACAAACAUCGUCAGUCCAUUGAAAAGAAGGCAAGAACUGUCGUUUUUAGGUGGACAGUUAUGGGAUGCAGAUAAGUGUACACAAAUAUUUGGAACACCUGUUAUGAAAAUGCCAGGUGGUGGUGUAGCUGAUACGAUAACAUAUGGAGAGAUGCUGACAGAUGGUGCAAUAACUAGAGAUCCUGAAGUAAAAGAUUACAUAUAUAUUCAGAGAAAUCAAAUUCAUGUAAUAAGCGACACAGGCUUUUUUUCAAAAAGCGGUGACUCUGGAUCAUGCAUUUUCUGGAUUGAUGAACAAAAUGAUUUACAUGCAGUAGGAAUGAUAGUCACAGAUAACAGCAAACAGGACGGUGCAUGUUUGGGAGAAAGUUUUGCUGCUCCAAUGUCUAGAAUCUGUAAGGCAUUUGCUGCAGAGGAAAUACAUCUAAGCCUGUACACUUUUUCAUCUGAUUGGUCCCAAGACGAUCAACAGAUAAGAACAGAAAUGAAAAACGGGACCUCAGUUGGUAAUGACAACAAUCAUGUUAAGCCAUUUGGAGAAGCAGCUAUAGACAGGGGGGCAACAGGAGAAGGAAUUAAUGGAGAUGAAUCCGCUAUCUUGGCAUCUCCGAAGAACGAAACUGAUAAAGAAAAUCAGCAAAGUGGUAAAGAAGUGGAAAGCAGGAAUGCUGUUGGUAAUGACAUUUAUCAUUCAUUCGACGAGAGCGCAACAGGAGAAGGAAGAGCUAAUUCUUAAAACUCAAAGAAAGGAUCACUGUGGGUACACCUGAGAUAUUCAGUAGCUGUUUAUGAGAAUUGUAUUUACCACAGGCAACAUGGAAUAGAAACAUUGGAAGCUCCGCAGGUUUCACAACAAGACAUAAAUGAAACUGUUGCAGGAUCAUGAAGCCAAAUACUGGCGGCUCAGUAUUGAUGUGUGAUGUCUGCGGACAGAUGAACUUAAGCUGCACACAAUAAAGUAUUUAACCACAAUCGCUUUCAUUUGAUAUUGGUCAAAAACGUCAGAAUUAAAGAAAAUGCAAACAUAUUGUAAUAUGAGGUACUCUUGUGACAACUUACGUUUCAAGGUAUAAGCUGGUCAUUCAUACAUGUGUAUUAUUCAACAUUAUCAUUCAAAAACGUAUAGAUGUUCAUUGUUUCAUACGGGAACCUCAUGACAAUGAUGACAUUUCACCAAAACGAAAGGUAUUUUAGACUGUAUGUCAAUGACAAACGAAUGAAUGCAUCGAGUGCUUACCUAAAUAAGAUGCAGAAUAUGCAGUUAUUCAGAAAUGUCGCAAGUAUUUGCUUUGACAAACUGACACAUUUUGUUUGACUGUCGGCGCCACAUUCACUUGAAUAUUGUCGUCAUAUUUCCUGUUAUUGGUAAAAACUCUACCAUACUGUGACAGUAUCGCCGAUCAGUUAUAGUUUAUAUUGUGACUUAUAAAUGGUAGGAGCCCCUUUUACCUAGCGUAAGAUUAAGAUCAUUAUAGUAAAUCUAAUGGAGACUAUUUCUUGCUCAUCUGAUGCGGCGGAUGGUUACACAAAAAGGGAAAUUCCGCAGAGUUCCUGAUUGGUUGAAAAUGGCCAUUUUGGUAGAAUCCGUGAUUCAGAUUGGAUGGACGGUUAAAUUACCGCUUUCAGCCUUGGAAUUGAAGUAUUAUGGCACGGAACAUAUAAACUGGACACGCACCAGGAACGCAAGCUUUUCACUUUCGAUUUUCAGCCUGGACUAUCCAAAAUUACAGUCUUCAAAAUAACUUUUUAGCUCACAAGAGCACAAAGUGCUCAAGGUAAGCUAUUGUGACAGAUCAUUGUCCGGCGUCCGUCGUGCGUCGUCCGUCAACAUUUGCCUUGUGAACAUUCUGGAGGCCACAUUUGUGACCCAAUCUUUAUGAAACUUGGUCAGAAUGUUAGUCUUGAUGAUCUCUAGGUAAAGUUCGAAACUGGGUCAUGUGGGGUCAAAACCUAGGUCACUAGGCCAGAUCAAAGGAAAAAGCUUGUGAACACUCUAGAGGCCACAGUUGAGACCCAAUAUUUAUGAAACUUGGUCAGAAUGAUUGUCUUGAUGAUUUCAAGGACAAGUUUGAAUCUGGGUCAUGGGUAUCAAGACAUUACACCUCUGGGACAAUACACCCUUGGACUUUACUCCUCCAGUUCUUUACACCCUAGGACUUUACACCUCCCUUAUUUAUGUACUAUAGAUAUCUAUUGUAUAGGCAAUAAUAGUUAUUGAUUAUUUAAAUUAUAAUUGAUUUGAUUAAAUAGAAGGUGUUAGUCACACUUACACUGAGUAAUUGAUAAUUAAAAGUUAGGCUUGUGGAUAUUAAUCCACUGUUGAUGGUAAUGAAAUAGAUUGAAAUUGUUAGGGAAAUAAAAGUUAAUUGGGUAUUUUUGUAGGCUCUCAACACAAAAUAUUUAGCCUUAUCUGACUGAUAUUUUCCAGAUAGAUUUUAAUUCUUUUGUAGAUGUUUUAAGAAUGAAUGCUGGUUCAAAUUUUUGUCUUGUUGAAGUUUACUUUUUAUAGAUUUAUUUAUUAUUCAGCUUUCUGAUUAUUAACUCAGUUUUAAACAUAUUUAUUUAUUAUUAUAGUAUUUAAAUUAAUAACUCAUUUUUAAACAUUUUUUUAUAAUUACAGUAGAUAACUUAAAAUUAUAAUAACUCAUUUUUAAACAUAUUUAUUUAUUAUUUCAGUAUUCUAAUUUAUAGCUCGGUUUUAAACAUAAUGUGAAUUUUAAUUGACCACGGUCCACCUUAGAAUUAUUUGUCAAAUAUUGUGAAGGUAGAAAGAUCAUACAUUAAAAAUGAUAAUUAAAAGAUGUAACUAAAAAUAUAACUAUGCAAUUUUAUAUUUCAUUUGAAGACUUCAAAUUUAUAUAUAUAAUAAAAGUGAAAAAAAAAAUUGAGAUAUGAUAAAAUAUUUUGUUUAAACAGAUAUAUAACAUGUGCAAAUUCCAUAAAUAUGUAUCACAAUCCACAACCUAUUGGAAUAAUUGAUGAAUAUUUUUAUGGUAAGUUAAGUUACAAAAAGAAAUAAUGAAUGAGAGAACAGGGGCUGUAUUCAUAAAGCAUCUUAAGUAUAAGUAUAAGAAAUUGAUUAUUUACUAAAGUAUUACUUAAUUAAGAAAUUUAUUUUACUUAAGUAUAUGUUAUCCAUAAAACAAGUAAUUCUUGGCUUUUAUUGUGGACGAAAACAUUAAAAAAACAACAUUAAUUUCAGACAGAUACAACAUGCACAAUAAUGUACUUUUAUCUGAAAAACAACACUUUAAUCAUACUCACGGCGCUAUUUUGUUUUCUGACUUAAGUCAUUUCUUACGUAUCUUAAGUUUAAGCUGAUUUAGAAAUAGGUUUUUUACUUAGACUUAAGCUGAAAUCACCACAAACUUAAGUAAAAUCUUCAACUGAAGUCUUAUUCUUAAGAUGCUUUAUGAAUACAGCCCCAGAACUAAAUGGGUCAACAUUGACAACAAGAUAUUCUGCAAAUCACCGAACACAUUUGCUAAUGAUUUUAGCUGUUUCUACCACAAAAAUCACCACAUUCUAUUUUUAUCAUUUAUUAAAUGAUUGCUAAUGUAAUGCAAAUAACAUGCUGCAAUUCAUAGAGAACCUGCUUCCCAGAUGGCAGAAUGUUUCUAUGCCUUGUUUUGUUGGCUAUUUAAGUAAUGUAUGGAUGGAAAAAAAUUAAAUAAAAAAUGAAGCCUUAGCAUUUUAUACCAUGUGCUAGGCGUAAGUUAUACAUUGAAUUAGAUAGCAUCAAAUAUGACAUUAUAUAUCAUGAGCAUGUUCAGUAGUCUUUAAUUAAAAAUCUCAUAUGGCAUAACUUAAUAAAAUAUUUAUUACUUUUGCUAUUUUGUACAGGACAUUUUUUGAUGUUUUUUUUUCUGCAUUUUUAAACAGACUGAUGUAAUGCGACGAAACGUGAAAAUAAAAAUUAACUACUGUAAACCACAUUUUCAGAAGUAGAUAAUGAACCAUUUUCUUAUUUCAGUCAACAAUGAAUUAAAUUGAAAUGGACAAUUCAUUUAAGCAAUCAUUUUAGCACCUGUCGCUAAUCCUAUUACUGGAAAUGUGAUUAAAUUAACAUAUCUUUGUAAUAUUAUAUAGCAAAGUAGACAUCUUGUGUUACACCUGAAACUCAUCAAAGGAUUGACAAUUUAUAAUUAUUAAAUAAAUAAAUGAAUAAAUAAACAAACUAAAUUUAGUACCGGUUAUCAUAGAGUUUUGAAAUCAUAUAAAAGUAUAUUUUUGAAUAAGUAUCAGUAAGAAAAGAAUAUUUCAGUUAUAUUUCUUCCCAAUAAACAUAUUACAUGUACUUCCUGCCAGGUAAUAUCUUUUUCAAUAAAAAAAAUGUCAAACAUUUGUAGUGAAACAGAUUCUGGAAAUUUCCUGUCUUUAGUUUUGGUUGAAGAAAAUUAACAGCAACAUAUUAAAAAAAUAAAUACCACUCCCAAUCUUCUGAAUAAAAAUCAGACUCUAAGUCAGAUUAAACAUUUUUUUCCCAUAUCUCUGCCAUAUUCUUUGUUUCAAAACAUUUUGAUUUAAUAUUUUAUAAUUAAAUACUAACUUAUUAGUAAUAUUACAAUAUUACCAUAACAUAACAAUUUUUAUGAGCAUCAUCCUUCCAACCUUGAUAUUGGAAACUGCUGAAGAAAAGUGCCAGUUUGAUUCUGGUUUAAAAAGAAAUGCCUUUUAUACUAAUGUAAUUUAAAAGUAUUUACCAAUGUUUCUGCAUUUGGUAUGCUGCCAUUUUCAAUCAGCUGUCAUUAAAACAUCAAAGAUUACUUUGAAGCAGGUGUUAAUGUUUCUUUUGUGAUGAUCAAUUAAUUAACAUAACAAUUAUAUUAAGGUUACUUUAAUCUUGAACUUAGAAAAGUGUGACACAAAUCAUUAUCACUUUUGUAUUAUUACAGCUAUAAAAUUUGAUUUUUAAAAAAUAAACAAGAUUUUAUACUCAUAAUUUUGAAUAAAAUAAUUAAAUAUAAGAAAAAGUUGUAAAUAUAUAUAUAUAUAUAUAAAACCUUGGACUUUACAUCUCCCUUAUGGGAGGAGUAAUGUCUCAGGUUUUGGAGGUGUAAAAUCCCAGGGUGUAUUGUCCCAGAGGUGUAAAGACCUGAAUUCUGGUCAUGUGGGGUCAAAAACUAGGUCAACCGGUCAAAUCAAAGGAAAAGCUUGUGAAUACUCUAGAGGCCACAAUUUUGUCUCAAUCUUUAUGAUACAUGGUCAGAAUGUUUGUCUUGAGGAUCUCUAGGUUAAAGUCGAAACUGGGUCAUGCGGGGUCAAAAACUAGGUAACUAGGCCAGAUCAAAGGAAAAGCUUGUGAGCACUCGAGGCCACAGUUGUGACCCAAUAUUUAUGAAACUUGGUCAGAAUGAUUGUUUUGAUGAUUUCUAGGUCAAGAUCGAAUCUGGGUAAUGUGGGGUCAAAAACAAAUCAAAUGAAAACUUUUUGAACACUUUUGAGGUCACAAUUUUUACUCAUUCUUUAUGAAGCUUAGUCAGAUUGUUUGUCUUGAUAAACCUCUAUGUCAGGUUCGAAACUGGGUCAUGUUGGGUCAAAAACUAGGUCACCCAGUAAAAUCAAAGGAAAAGCUUGUGAACACUUUAGAGGCUACAAUUUUGACUUAAUCUUUAUGAAACUUGGUCAGAAUGUUUGUCUUGAUGAUUUCUAGGUCAAGUUUGAAACUGGGUCAUGUUAGGUCAUAAAUUAGGUCAUUAGACCAGAUUAAAGGAAAAUCUUGUCCAUAUCUAUAGACCACAGUUGUCACCCAAUAUUUAUGAAACUUCGUCAGAAUGUUUGUCUUGAUAAUAUCUAGGUCAAGUUUGAAACUGGGUCAUAUGUGGUCAUAAGCUAGGUCACUAAGCCAGAUCUAAGGAAAAUCUUGUCAACAUUCUGGAGACCACUAUUUAAGUUUAAAACUCAUAAAAAUAAUCAAAAUGUUUGUCUUGAUAAUUUAUAGGUCAUAUUCGAAUCUGGGUCAUGUAGGGUCAAAAACCAGGUCACCCAGUCAAAUCAAAGGAAAAGCCUGUGAGCACUCUAGAGGCCACAGUUGUCAUCCAGCCUUUAUUAAACUUGGUUAUAAUAUUUAUCUUGAUGAUUUCUGAGUCAAGUUCGAAACUGGGUCAUAUGGUGUCAAAAACAAGGUCAGUUGGCCAGAUCAAAGGAAAGGUUUGUUAACACUCAAGAGGCCACAGUUGUCACUCAAUUUUUAUGAAAUUUUGUCAGAAUGUCUUGAUGAACUCUAGGUCAGAUUUGAAUCUUGGUCAUGUGGGGUGAAAAACUAGGUCAGUAGGCCAGAUCAAAGGAAAAGCUUGUGAACACUCUAGAGGCCACAGUUAUGACUCGAUCUUUAUGAAGUUUAGUCAGAAUGUGAUGAUCUCUAGGUCAAGCUUAAAACGGGGUUAUGUGGGGUCAGAAACUAGGUCAGUAAGUCAGAUCAAAGGAAAAGUUUGUGAACACUAGAUAUCACAUUUGUGACUCAAUCUUUAUGAGACUUGGUCAGAAUGUUUGUCUUGCUGACCUUUAGGUCCAGUUUUAAUAUUGGUCAUUUGGGGUCAAAAAGUAGGUCAUAAGGUCAAAACAAAGGAAAGUAUGUGAACACUUUAAAGGCAACAGUUGUGACUCAGUCUAUAUGAAACUUGCAUUGGUCAGAAUGUUUGUCUUGAUGAUCUUUAGGUUAAAUUUGAAAGUGGUCAUUUGGGGUCAAAAACUAGGUCAGUAGGCCAGAUCAACUCUGGUGAGCGAUAUAGGGCCGUCAUGGCCCUCUUGUUAAAUAAAUCUUUAUAAAUUUAACAAUACUAACAUAAUAUUUGUAACAUUUCCCUGGAGGAUCAGAGAACCAUAUAGGAGCCAACCAGCAGCAAUGUAAAUAUAACUUUAGAUAAAAUAAGGAUAGCACACAGACUUUACCAGAACAUUUGAGUAGAUCUGUUAGAUCAGAUUAACAUUUAAACAAAUAUUAACCAUAUUUUAGCUAUUAUCAUUAAAUAUUAUUAUUCGUUAAA